AGAAGCGGCACGUCUCAGCAUCAUUUAACAUCACUCUCAAUGGACUUUACACUCUCCCCUCAACUCACUCUGCAUCCCCAUCACUCGCACCAGGGCUACAGUCUGGAAUUACAAUCAACGUACUUCCACUUCUCGAUGAAGUCUACAGAGGUGGAUGCAGGGCUCUUCACUGACAGCUACUGCAGAGUGUGCAGCGCUCAGCUUAUCUCUGAGUCACAGAGAGUCGCCCACUAUGAGAGUCGAAAGCAUGCAAACAAAGUUCGGCUGUAUCACAUGUUACACCCGGCGGAUGGGGGCUGUCCUGCAAAGAAGCUCCGUACAGACAAUGACAUCAGCGCUGUAUGUCUGCCUCUGUGUCGUCCAGGGAAGUUCAGAGGGAGACGUUGAUAAGAACAAAUGCUGCACGCUGUGCAAUAUGUCGUUCACUUCGGCUGUCGUGGCCCAGUCGCACUACCAGGGCAAGAUCCACGCCAAGAGAUUGAGACUACUGCUGGGGGAGCCACCUGUCAUCAUAUCUAAAGAGGUGACAUCUAGUUCAGAGCAUAUGGUGACUGAAGUCUCCUCGGGAUGUCCUUCCAGGCAGGGUAGACUCUCACAUCGCUACUGCCAGAUGUGCAAAGCCUGGUUCAACAACCCCGGCAUGGCCAGACAACACUAUGACGGCAAGAAGCACAAGAAAAACGCAGCCCAAGCAAACCUCCUCGCUCAGUUGGGCAAGAAUCUUGAAAACGGAGAGGAACUGAACGGCCUGAAGCGGAGUCACACAUGUGACGUUUGCCAUGUCACACUCAACUCUGUAGCACAAUACCAUGCACAUCUGCAAGGCUCCAAACACCAGAACAACUUGAAGACCAAAUGAACUUUGAUGGAACAUCGAGUCUCCUUAAAUACAACAGCGAUACUCUUGAAACUAUCUAAGGGUCUGUCUGCCCCUCUGAGUUAAACUUAUGUUACAACAAGACAGAAGACAAAUUUAAAUGUCUUUGUAGUACGGACGCUACCAUUACAGAAGAUACUCAGACUUAGAUAGAUUAUGAGAAACCACAGCGCAUUUGAGUCCAUUUGUAAAUUAGAUUGUGAAACCUGAACAUUAUAAAGUAUUUAUUUAAAGCAUGUAGGAUGGACACAAUUCUGGCAUUCAUAUUAUUAAUAAUGUGGUGCUACAUUUGUUAAAAAACAAUUAUUUAUUUUGUUUAUAUGUUUUACUUUAAAUGAAUGUGUCAGAUCUGAAGAUUGUGUUUAGGAGUGAAAAUGACCACAUCUUCUUUUUGAAAUUUUGUACAUAACUAUCAGGAGGUAUUGCUCUCUGAUGGUAAUAAAAGGGAAAUGUUUGGAUAUCUCGAGGCUGCGUUUAACACGGAGGUAAUGGACCAAAGUAAAGUAAUUGUUAUAAAACCACUUUAAAACACUUUUCUUUAAAAUCCAAUCAUAAACAUGAAUUUCAUUGCUUUAGCUUCAUCAAGACAUUCAGUCAUUAUUGUUCCUGCUAAAUGUUCAAACUAUUCUGUUCAAUGCUUGCAGUAAAUGUGUAAUACAAAAUGGUAUUAUAAUGACCUAUGUAGUCUCAAAGAAAAAAAACUUGAGAUAGUGAGUCAUGCAUUCUUCAGAUGAAGUUAUUAGUGUCCUCGGGUUAUUUUGGGGAGUGUCUUUGAUGGGGUCAUUUUGCUUUCGCAAAGAUCUAAAGACGGAUUUUCUUGUGCAGCAAUGUGUCAUAUAGCCAAAAAAAAGGGAAUUAUUCCCACAACGACCAGUAGAAGUGUUUUAAAUGAAGCUGUCACUCCAGCUUUUUUAUUUGCAAUGUAUUGUUUUUUUCUGUUUGAUUGGCUUCCU